AUGCAGAAGCUACGCCGAGCUAGAAUAAUGCUAGCUGCUCCAGACGCAGAGCUAGAAGGCUUCGAGAAGAAAACGGCCUACUUUCCUGAAGAAUUCCAGUUCCACCUUUUUGAUGAAGGCUCGGAGAUAUACCAGGCCGCUGUCACUACUGCACUCCGAGAAUACGUACCGAUAGAGCCGACAUCGAGCCAUGCUCUGUACGACUACGGAGCUGGAAGCUCCAUUACUGACGCUAGAAGGCUUCCAGAAGGAAAUGGCGCCAUUCUCUCUACAUACCGCUAG